ACCAUCUCCUCUUGCAAACAGCAUUUGGGAUGGGCACUGGCUAUAAGGCUGAGAGCAAGCGAUGCUGUGUUUUCAGCCCCCCUCAGCCUCUCUGUUACUGCAGGAGAAGCUCUGAGCAGUGCUAUGCCUUGCUCUGGCAUUCUGAAAGUGCUGCACUUGCUUUGCCAUCUGAAUUAAGAGAGCCCAGCAGGAGCUGGGAAGUGCCCCUCACUCACAGUUCUAUGGGAUUCCAGAUCUGCCUGUGAGCUCCCCUUGGCUUGUGCACCACAACCCUUGGCCUUCUAGAUCCCAUCCAACCCAGUCUGCUUCUGCCUUUCUUCUCUUUAUGAUCACAUCAGACUCUCAGGGCUCUCUGCUGUGCUGCCCUUUCCAGACCCCGCUCCUGGUGGCCGUCACUGCCCGGCAGCCAGCAAUCGUCCACGAUUUGAUCCAGGCAGGAGCAGAUGUCAAUGCUAUAGACAACAAAGGGCAGUCAGCUCUGCACCUUGCUGCAACAUAUGGGUAUGCCCACGUUCUCCAGGUGAUACUCUCACAAGGCCUCCCUCUCGAUUUAGAAAUGAAGGAUUUUGAAGGCCAUACCCCGCUGCACUGUGCUGUCCUGGCCCAUAACACACUGCUACGGGACCGGAGCCGCCUGGCACUGCUGGAACAGCAGAGUGAAGAUCUGCAGCACCAGAGCUGGGAGCUGGAGAGCUGUGUGCAGCAGCUGGUGCAGGCAGGAGCCUCCAUCUACAGCCGGGAUGUGAAAAGCAACAAGACAGUUCUUCACUACACCGUCCAGGAUGGGAAUGUCUCCCUGCUCCGCUAUUUCCUGGAGCUGAAUGCUUUCAAAUCCAAGGACUUCAUCAACAGCAAGGCUCAUGGAAACACAGCUCUGCACAUGGCGGCUGCACUGCAUGGUGACAAGAACCAGAAGGAAAUCAUCCAAUUGCUCCUGGAUCACGGGGCAGACCCGAGCAUCCGAAACUUAGAUAACGAUCAGCCGAUCCACAUGGCUCCUAAUGGGAAAGCUGGGGACCAGAUCAGGCAUUUGCUGAAGAGAGGGAAAGUCACAUCAACAUUUAUUUCCUGUUGCCGGAAUGCCAGAUCCUAGGUUGCCUGCAGCUUCUGGAACAGCUUCAACUUCAGCCAAUGGCACAAAGCCCCAUAGAACAACCAGGAGGAUGGUUAACCAACCCCCAGAUUCUAUAUACUGGAGUGGGAUGGGGGAAGACUCAGACCAAAGAGGUCAUGCCAAGACUGCAGAGUUUCCAGGGGCUUGGCUGAACAGAAGACCUCCAAGUGAGGGUUCCUGCAAGCUGCUGCUAUCCCUGCUAUUAGCACUUUGAGGAAGGAAGCUGAACCAGCUCUCCAUUGCCCCCCUCCUUUCACCCUAUGAAAGGAGAGCAGAUGCUUUUAAGGGCAAGUGUGUGGCAUGGGUUCUUUCCUAUCCUCAUCCCAUGUUAAGUUCUUAUCCUUUCUGUGAAAUGAUCUGUGAAUUGCUGUGCAAUCAGCUGGCAGUGUGUGGGGCAGGAGGAGUGAAGGCAGGUGCCUAUGGGGGGUGAGAGCUCUGGUAAGCCUUGCAAACCUGGACUGCUUCAAUGACUGUUCUGCAGACCCAAACAAAAGAGACCUUCUGACUUCCUCAUCCCUCCUCUUUACUGGUUGGCUACUGCUUCUCACUACAUCAUGCCUACAAACCUGCCAGCUCCCUCUGACAAAAAAAAAAGCAGACACAUAUUUGCAUGUGUUUGCAUAAAUUUGCAUGUAACUGGGCACUGGCCGGCUCAAGCAUGUGCUUCCUUGCUUUGGUGGGAUGCUGUAACAAGACCCAAAUGAGUGAGAACCGCAUUGACGAGGAAAAGUGGUCAAUAAAUUCUCUCUUUCUCCACCUUGA